CGUUGAAGAAAAUCAGAAAUAUCUCUUCUUUCACAUUUUGCACACAUACUUCAUUUGUCUCACUUAGAACAACCGUUACAAAUCUCAAAUAUUAUCUCCAAACAAUCACAUUAUAUAUUUGCUUCUUCUUCUACUACUACUGCUAAUUCAUUACCCUAACAAUUUUUCCAAAGAAUUCGAAAUAAUUAAUCCCCUUUUGUUUGAAUUCUCAUCAAAAUUAAUACCAGAGCAUUCAAUUCCUAGAAAAUUUAAUUAAAAAAAAAAGAAAAAAGAGAAUAUGAAUCUUGAUGCUGACAAAAUUCGACUAAUUGAUUUUACUUCUGAGGAUGAUUUCCUCAUUGAUUCAGAUUUCGAUAGCACCUUCGUCGAUCUUCGAUUGUCGGUGACAUUCGAGACUCAAAAUGAGCUAUUAAGCAAUCCGAAACCAGUGGUUCGUCAAGGAACGAAAGAUAGGGUGCCGAAUUUAGCAGAGAAACAACGGGGAAAUUUUCUGCAAGAAACAGAAAAUGGUGAAAAAAUUUGCAGUUCAAGGAAAAGUUUGGCUUGGGAUCAUGCAUUUUUUACCAGUCCUGGUUUCCUUGACCUUGAUGAAUUAAGUCUUGUUAAUAGUGGUUUCAAGAAUCUUGAUGUAUCGUCUUCAGAUGGAAUCAAAGAAAAUGUAAAGAGUAAAGUUUACCAGGAAAGAAAUUUAAGUCAGAAACUCGGCGUUGGAUCUGCUGUAAGACAGAAAACUCAGUCAUUAAUGAAAACGAAAGUUCCGUCUCCACAGAAAAUAAAUACUGGAAGAUUGGAGACGAUAUCAAGAUCAGCUGUCGCAAAAUCACAAUCUAUCACUACUAGCAGCAAAGAGUGUCUGAAGUCCACUGGAAUUAGGGGCUAUAACAAAAAACCACCUUUGCGAGCAAUCAGCAGAAACGGACUAGGCAGAGUGGUUUCCCAACAGUCUGAUUCAAGGAGGUCUUAUCCUGUAUCAUCCUCCCAAUCUAUGUUGCCUUCAUAUGCCACCAAUAUGUCUGUUGAUUUUUCACCAUGUAAAACUUCUGUAACUAAUCUACAGACUGCAAGAGUUUUGAAAUCACAGGAUAAAAGAGGUGGUAGUUUUACUAAUGAUAUUAAUGCUUCUGAAGAAUUCAACUUAAAAGACCAACGAAAAAACCAUCGACAUAAUUCUGUCACCAAACAAAGUCUUGAACAGGAUGCUUCAAGACAGAAUAAUGGCACUACAGAAACAAAGAGAAGUCCCUUUUCUUCCAAGACUUCUAGUCUUGGCAUGCCAUCUCAAAAGAUUGGCUUCUUUGACAUGACUUCAGAGAAGAACAGGCAUGAUCAAGAUGGUAAGUCAAAUAAAGUGCAAAGAAGAACAAGUCAACCCUCCUUCAAGAAGCAAACGAAUUCUCUUGAAUUCGAGGAAAAGGAAAAUAUUUUCCAUCCAGAUGAUACUGUCAUUGAGCUUGAACCUGAACUAAACAAGGGUUCUUCCCCAUCACCUUCUGAGUCAGCUGCUAAGGGCUCUUCAAAUGCUGUUCAGUGCUCAUCUACUUCCAAGAAAAGCCUCACUAAAGCUCAACGGCCAGCAAAACAGGCUUUGUUCCGCACCAGGACAACAUCUCUUACCAAAGUUUCUCCAUUGAAAAAAAGUGCUUUCUUUUAAACAAAUUAAUCCCAAAGAUUAUGAUUAGGCAGGUAGCUAGAUAAUUAUUAAUUACAUCUUAAUGAGACAAAUGAGGGUGAAUAUAUAUGAUGUUACUUGUACCAAGAGUGAAAACAGGGGUCUCUUAAUGAAAAGUUUUAGCUGUGAUAAGAUUAUGUAAGCCUGAUUGGAUAAUGAGUUUUGAUUCGUGUUUAUGGUCCA